UUGUAGAUUGUCAAAUUUGUGUGAGAAUAGCGUAAUUUAGUUUUUUGAGGGUUUGCGCGGGAAAAUUCGUAUCUGGGCCCCCAUUUCGUGCGUACGCAUCCGCGCAGUCGAUUGCAGAAACCGGUGUUGGUUGUCGAGUGUUGUGCCCACCAUCGCGAUUUGAGUGCGAAGAAAAUGCCUCCAUUUUGUUUAUUUUUGUCAGUGAAAAGCUCAUUAAACGAAUCGAAAUAAUAAAAUCGAGUGAGUGUUUUGAGUGUGAAAAGUCCGUCACGUGUCACAACUCAUCCAACAACUCUCACUCUAUAUAUGUGUGUUGUGUGCAGCCCUCUCUCAGAGGGUACAAAAACCAGCAAGAAUUGGUCGCGUUACGAGUAAGCACUUCGUCAAAUUGACCACGGUCUCCGGCACUAAAAAUAAUCAGAAUAAUCACUGUUGCGUUGCACAGUCGGACAAAGACCUCUUGAAUACCAAAAAGAACAAAGGUGUGUUCGGUUUUGCGAAAGACAGGACGGGGGCUGCCAAGACGCCAGCGCUUAAUAUGAACCACGUCACGGGCCAAUACAGACGUAACGACGACACCUCCGGCGGCGAGGUGGAGGAAAUGGAGACACAGGAAGUCACCACUACUGAUUCUACGGACACCGGCGCCGCCGAAAUGGACCAACAAAACGGUGAAGUCAUCAUUGGGCCCCAACCCGAUCCUGGAAUGACAGUCCAAGACGCCGAUAUGGAGGAGGACGAAUCACGCUCAGAGGCCACUUUUCGCUACACUGUUCAACAAUUUAGCAAACUGAAAGACUCUGCCCUGUCUCCUGCAUGUUACGUGCGGAACCUCCCGUGGAAAAUUAUGGUAAUGCCGAGGAACAGUCACGGACAGGACCGGACUGCGCAACGUUCCUUGGGCUUUUUUCUUCAAUGUAACGGCGAAAGUGAAUCCUCUUCGUGGUCUUGUUAUGCCGUUGCCGAAUUAAGACUCUUGUCUGUUCGACCCGAUGUUGAACCUUUCUCACGAAAAAUACAACAUUUGUUUUACUCAAAGGAAAAUGAUUGGGGAUUUUCACAUUUUAUGGCAUGGAAUGAGGUUUUAGACCAAGAGAAAGGCUAUAUUAAAGAUGAUGCUAUUACUUUGGAAGUACAUGUCGUGGCUGAUGCCCCACAUGGUGUAUCAUGGGAUAGUAAAAAACAUACAGGUUACGUGGGUUUAAAAAAUCAAGGAGCAACUUGUUACAUGAAUUCUCUACUACAAACUUUAUAUUUUACAAAUCAAUUACGAAAAGCUGUUUAUAAAAUGCCAACUGAAUCGGAUGAUUCAACGAAAUCUGUAGCAUUAGCUCUUCAGCGAGUAUUUCAUGAAUUACAAUUCUGCGAUAAACCAGUUGGUACGAAGAAGUUAACGAAAAGUUUCGGUUGGGAGACUUUAGAUUCAUUUAUGCAACAUGAUGUACAGGAAUUUCUCAGGGUACUUUUAGAUAAACUUGAAAGUAAGAUGAAAGGGACUUGUGUGGAGGGCACCGUUCCGAAACUUUUCGAAGGUAAAAUGAUUUCGUAUAUUCGAUGUAAAAACGUGGAUUAUUCGAGUACACGUUCGGAGACUUUUUACGAUAUUCAAUUGAAUAUCAAAGGAAAGAAAAAUAUCGAUGAGUCAUUUAAGGAUUACAUUGCAAAGGAGACUCUAGAUGGUGAUAAUAAAUACGAUGCUGGUGAACAUGGAUUGCAAGAUGCUGAAAAAGGAGUGAUUUUUUCGGCUUUUCCUCCAGUUUUGCACUUGCAUUUAAUGCGUUUUCAAUACGAUCCAAUUACCGAUUGUUCUGUUAAAUUCAAUGAUAGAUUUGAAUUUUACGAGAAGAUUUCUCUAGAUGCUUAUUUACAAGAUCCGGAUCCAAAUAAUCCAGCCAAUUAUACUCUACAUGCUGUUUUGGUACAUUCAGGUGACAAUCACGGUGGCCAUUAUGUUGUUUUUAUAAAUCCAAGAGGUGAUGGUAAAUGGUGUAAAUUCGACGAUGAUGUCGUCUCUAAAUGUACAAAACAAGAGGCAAUCGAACAUAAUUAUGGUGGACAUGAUGAGGAUAUGAAUAUGACAGUGAAACACUGUACAAAUGCUUACAUGUUGGUGUAUAUUAGAGAUUCAGAAUUACAUAAUGUAUUGCAAGAAGUAACCGAUGCUGAUAUACCAAGUGAAUUAGCUGAUCGACUUGCCGAAGAAAAACGAAUGGAACAAGUGAGACGAAAGGAACGCAAUGAAGCACAUCUUUAUAUGACAAUUAAUGUACUACUUGAAGAUAGUUUUGAUGGACAUCAAGGUAACGAUUUAUAUGAUCCUGAUCGUCCACUAUUUCGUGUAUUUAAAAUCAAAAAGAUGGCAUUAGUAAGCGAAAUGAUGGAUAUGUUUGCUGAUGCAUUUAAAUAUCCAACUGAACAAAUACGACCAUGGCCAUUUAGUCAAAGAUCAAAUCAGACAAUGAGGCCUAGUAUGUUAGAUCUAGAAGCUGAAUCGCAUAAAGCUGUUAUAGAUGCGGCUGAAAAUCAAAAUCCUUGGACUAUAUUUUUAGAAUUGUUACCACCUGAUUCUGGUUUAACUGCAUUACCUAAUUUUGAUAAAGAAACUGAUGUUUUAUUAUUUUUCAAAAUGUAUGAUCCGAAACAGAAGAAAAUACAUUAUUGUGGACAUAGUUACUUACCGGUUACUAGUAAAUUAGGUGAUUUGAUACCGAUGUUAAAUGAAAGAGCUGGUUUUCCGUCAGAGACAGAAUUGGUGUUGUAUGAAGAAAUUAGGCCUAAUAUGAUCGAGAAAAUCACUAAUUAUAGUGAUCCCUUGGAGAAGGUUUUGGAUGAGUUGAUGGACGGCGACAUAAUCCUUUUUGAGAAAGAAGAACGCGAGGAAUUUUCUGACUUACCGACUUGUAUUGACUACUUCAAGGAUUUAUAUUAUCGUGUUGAGGUAACAUUUGUCGACAAAUGUACACCGAAUGAUCCCGGUUUUACAAUGGAAUUAUCGCAAAGGAUGACUUAUGAUCAGUUAGCACGUGCUGUAGCACAAAGAGUCGGUACUGAUCCUUAUUUAUUACAAUUUUUCAAAUGUCAAAAUUCCGUAUCUUCCAGUUACAAAGAUAGUCCUGGACAUCCUUUAAGGUGCACUUUUGAGGGCACCUUGAAAGAUCUUUUAGUUUUUUCGAAGCCUAAGGCGCCUAAAAAAAUCUUUUAUCAACAGUUGAGUAUUCGUGUUAACGAAUUAGAAAAUAAGAAACAAUUUAAAUGUCUUUAUGUGGGUCCGAAUGUAUUUGAAGAGAAGGAAUUAAUUUUGUAUCCGAAUAAAAGAGGAACGGUAAGUGAUUUGUUGGAGGAGGCAAAGAAACAAAUUGAGUUUGGGGAAGGAAGUACAAGAAAAUUAAGGUUUACCGAAGUUAGUUGUAAUAAAGUAGCACUGGGUCCCAAAGAAGAUACACCGCUAGAUCAUUUGGUAAUAAACGCAGCUAAAGUUUACAGAAUUGAAGAAGUACCAAGAGAUGAAUUGCAAAUAAACGAAGAUGAAAUGCUUAUUUCUUGUGCGCAUUUCCAAAAGGAAGUCUUUUCGACUUUUGGCUCACCUUUCUUAUUUAAAAUCAAACAAGGUGAGCCAUUUACUAAAGUGAAAGAACGUAUUCAAAAGCGACUCGGAGUCCCUGAUAAGGAAUUUGAAAAGUACAAGUUUUCUAUCGUCGCAAUGGGCCGACAACAGGUCUUACAAGACGAGGAGUAUGUAGUUAAUUUAGCUGAUUUUAGACCACUUCCUAAUCAAGCGGGGAGUCCGAAACCGUGGUUGGGCUUGGAUCAUAUGAACAAGGCCCCAAAGAGGUCACGUUUUAAUUAUUUGGAAAAAGCCAUCAAAAUUUACAAUUGAGAGACUGAUGAGGAAGCUUAAUUUAACAACCUUCCACUUUUCGGCUCUACAGUAUUGCCAAUAAUUGAUCGUGAUUUCUCUAAAGUUAGUGGAAUCGAUAAAUGUAAGGUGCGGCUGCUUUGUGUAAGCACAAGUCUUCUGCUGUGUGACACCAUUUUGUAUAUAUAAAAUAUAUAUUUGUUCAUGUCUGUCUAUUUAGAAUAUAUUCGCGCUAAAUGCUGAAUGCUAGCUGUUUAUUUAAUUCGGUUUCGAGUUAUUUUCUUUUGAAUUAAUUUAAUUAACUGUUUGUAGAUUUUUUGUGUAAUGAAACGGUUUGAAUCAUUGAGAAUUUCCAUUAGAUAUUAUUAUUAAGGGAGUCGCAAUUUUAUUAUUCAAUCUGUAUAAAUUGUGAUGUUGGUUGUAACAUUUUCUUUUUAAUAAGCAUGAAAUAUAUGCAACUGAUUUUUCACA